CAGUCUCAAACUUUAUAUAUUGACAAAAGAAACCCUACUCUGUUGGGGUUUAAUUGUAAAACUUAACCUUCCUAUUGUCGGAUCCGAAAGUCUCUCUCUCUCUCGAUUUUGCGUUAGAUGGCUUCGUCUUCUUCAUCAUCUCCGACGCCGGAUGCUGUGACCGCGAUGGACGAGGAGCUGACUCUGAUAGUCAAAUGGAGCGGGAAGGAGUACACACUCCGAAUCUGCGCCGACGACUCUGUUGCUGAGCUGAAACGUCGCAUCUGCUUUCUCACCAACGUCUUGCCCAAGCGCCAGAAGCUUCUUUACCCCAAAGUCGGAAACAAGCUCUCCGAUGACUCUCUUCUGCUCUCUCAGAUCCCUCUCAAGCCUUCUCUCAAGAUGACCAUGAUCGGUACUACGGAGGAUGAUAUAAUAGUAGAUCAAGUAACAUCGGAUGACGUUGUUGAUGACUUUGAGCUUGGUAAGGAGGAAGUGGUGGAUAUUGAGGACAAGGAGAUUAAUAAGCAGAAGCUGAGGAGGAGAAUUGAUCAGUACAAGAUUAAGCUUGUUAAUCCAUGUCGCAAAGGCAAAAAACUGCUUGUUCUAGAUAUUGACUACACUUUGUUUGAUCACCGUUCCACUGCCGAGAACCCGUUGCAGCUUAUGCGUCCCUGUAAGUUGUAGUGUCUAUUAUUCAUUUCUCGUAUCCAUUUGAUUGAUGAGUUAUUAUCUGACGAUUGUCUGGAUUACCUAAAUGCAGAUCUUCAUGAGUUUCUUACUGCUGCUUAUGCAGAAUAUGAUAUCAUCAUUUGGUCUGCCACUAGCAUGAAGUGGGUUGAGUUAAAGAUGGGAGAGCUUGGUGUGUUGAGCAAUCCAAACUACAAGAUCACAGCCCUUCUCGACCAUCUAGCCAUGAUCACAGUUCAGUCAGACUCUCGUGGGAUCUUCGAUUGCAAGCCACUAGGUUUAAUUUGGGCACUAUUACCUGAGUUCUACAACGCCCAAAACACCAUCAUGUUCGAUGAUCUGCGAAGGAACUUCGUGAUGAACCCUCAAAACGGUCUUAAAAUCAGGCCGUUUAGGAAAGCUCAUGUGAACCGAGACAAGGAUGACGAGCUUGUGUUGCUGACUCGGUACCUUCUGGCAAUAGCAGAGCUCGAUGAUUUGAGUUCCUUGGAUCAUAGCAGAUGGGAGACAUUCACAGAAGAUAGCAUGAUAAGAGCAGAUGCUCCGGUGAUGCCUCUCGAGACUCCUCCUCGGAGCAGUGAGGUUGGAGAGAUAGACACACGUCCUCCCUUUCAAUCCGUUAGAGACGCCGUUAGUUUGUUCCGUCAAGUUAGCUUCUCAAAGCAACAACCACCAAGUCUCUCCUCCUCCUCCUCUCAGGAUGCAACGGAUGUGCCAGAUAAAGUGACACAGCUUCUGUUAGCAGAACAAGAAAUGAAUAGAGUCCAUCUCUGUCUUGACAGCUCUGUCAAAGCGAAAGCACGAGCUCUUUCUGAUCUCGACUCAACUCAGCGAAAGGCCGCUGACUUGAGGGAUAAACUUGAAACCACCAAACAGUCAAGAAAACGUGCGAUCCAGACCAAACACACCAUAAACCAACGGUUAGAGAAACUGCAGUCUCAAAACCAAGAAACAGAGAGCGUAAGAGAGAGUUACAUCUUAGCCACCGCAGAGCUGUUCAUGGCUAAGGAGAAGCUUUCGGAAAUAGAACAAGAGUUCAGCAUCUCCGUGGAAGAAAGGUUAUCUGAGCUUCAAAGAGCAGAGGAAGCAGAGUGUUCAUCAAUGGUUAACUCCCAAAAGAUCAAUGAAAUGUUAGAAGAGAUAGCAGAGAUGCGUGACACUGCUGAGAGAUUGAACUCUGAUGCUGAUAAGAAGAAAGAGGAAGAGGCAAAGAUAAAAGAGAAGAGCUUUGAUGCGAGAGAGACUUAUGCUGAGAUGAAACGAGAGGCUGAGCAAAGGCUGGAGGAUCUAAGAAGCGACUGUGACCCUGAACUGAGGAAAAAGAUAGAUGAGCUUGCGGAGAUAUCUGCUGAAAACCAGAGUUUACAACGAGAGAUCAAACUUGCUCGUGAACUCAAAGAGGCUAAGAGUGCGAUGCAAGAGAUUUGUGAUGAAGAGAGGUCAUACAAAAGCUUGGUGAUAUCACUCACGGUGGAGUUAGACGGUGUGCAGAGAGAAAACAGAGAUCUGAAGGAGAAGGAAAAGGAGAGAGAAGAAGUUGAAGAAGAAGAAUGGGUAGAAGAGAGACUUAAGGUUGAAGAAACCAUGCGUGUAGCAGAGAGAACAAGACAAGAAGCGGAAGAGACGAGGAUGCACGUGGACGAGCUCAGGAGAGAAGCAGCAGCAACACAUACCGUGAUGGGUGAAGCAGCGAAGCAGCUGGAGAUAGUUAGAAGAGCGGUGAAGAAAGCGAAAACCGCAGAGAAGAGAGCUGUGGAGGACAUGACGGUACUUACUGAAAAGAAGGAGAGCUUGACGCAUGAUGAUCCUGAUAAGAAGAUUAGAAUAUCUUUGAAAGAGCACGAGGAGUUGAGAGGGAAGCACGAAGAGUCAGAGAGAAUGGUGCAGUACAAGGCGGAAACGGUUGAUGCUCAGCUGGAAGAGAUCAACGAGAGCAGAGUAGAAGGGGAGAGCAUGUUGGAGGAGAAGAUGAAGGAGAUGGAAGAGGUAAAGGAAGCGACUGAUACUGCGUUGAGAAGCGCAGAGAUUGCAGAGGAAGCACACUGCAUCGUGGAUGCUGAACUUAGAAAAUGGAAACCAGAAGAAUUGUAGUAGAUGAUGAUGUUGAUAUUUAGGUACAAACUACAUUGACAACAAAGAUACAAUAGUUGUAGUGGAGACUAAAGAGAAAGAGACAUUUCAACUUGCUUUCUAAUAUAAACUCCAAGAAGAUGAUGAUAAUACAAUAUGCUCAAGAAAGUGACUUCAAAUACAAUACAUUCAAUAUGAACCUCUCUAUAUAUGUAAUUUCUCCAGUAUAUCGCUCAUAAAAUGUAACACCGUGUGAGAGCCCAGACCACCAGUCCAAUGCAAAUGUGGUAGAUAUCCCACCUUGCCAUCAGCUCAGAAGCACUAGACGAUUUAUCUGUAACGCCAACAAGAAAUCUACAAUCCCCAACUGAAGGAUCUAGGAAGGUGACCAUACCAAGCCCAUCAAAGUCGCAGCUCUUCUCAUUUUGCAUCUGCAGCUGAUAGUAACUGUUGAAAGCAUAUGAGAUAUUAUCC